AUGAUACAACUUAGAUCCAAACAAAUCGGAUUAUGCAGCUUUGAACGGUUAUUUACAAACCACGCACGGAUUGGUCAAGUAGCAUGGGAGGGUCACGCACCCCUUAAGGGGGCUGAACGGAGGAAGCUACCCCUGGGGAUGAUGACCAUGGACAAUAUUGGAAAAAACAAACUGCUUUACUUAAUGAAGAAUAUGCAACUGGUGAACCUAACGGAGAAGGAAAUCCUGAACACCAUCUCAAAAUUACUGAGUAAUUACACGAACGAAAUGACAACAUGCGAGAUGGGAUUUAUCAUACACACCUUCUGUAAGUUGAAGUUCGCUAAGUAUUCUUUGUGUACAAAAAUUGUGAAAUCAAUUAUGAGUAGGAAGCCUGUGUUUAAUGACAUGAGGACGUUGACUCAGCUACUUAUCGAUCUACACAGGAUGGGUUCGAUCGAUUUUAAUAUCAUAACAUUCCUCACGCAACAUUAUGUUAGAGGUUCUCUUCGUAUGUUUUCUCUUUUCGAUCUGUCCAUGAUUUUGUAUGUAUACAACAAGCAUGGUUACAACGAUAGGGAGACGGUUCGCGAGAUUUGCGCCGUCAUCGAGGGGUUUUUCAUGCCGAUAGUGAGUCAGGACAAAGGCGUCCUGACCACCAUCCUGCUCAGCCUCUCCAUGCUGCAGCUGAACCGGGACCUGUACACCAACCUGCUGCACCAGCAUGUCCUUAAAAAAUACAACCAAUUUGAAGCCAAGUAUCUGUGUAAUAUCGUUUACUCCGUGGCUCUGUGGUUGGUUGGAGAUUGUGAGCAGGUCGAUUUGUUAAAAGGGGAGUCCAACCAGCUGCUGCGUGACCCCUCGAUUGAUGUCCUACAGGAGGUACUGCGAGACGUCACGGAGCUGCUGCUGCAAAAUGUGAACGUGUUGAAGAACGAGGAGCUCAAGCAGAUCCACAUAGUGCUGUACCUCCUGAGGGAACUCGGGGGGGACUACGAACAAGCCAUAAACGUGAUCGAAAGAAAAAAAAUAAAGAACACAUUAACAGUGUCCAAGAUGCAGAAGCAGUUGGAGAAGCUGCUCAAAGAAAUGGGUCUUAAGGCAGACCGCGAGUUCCCCGUGGGCCCCUACGUCCUGGAUUUCGUUUUGCAGAAAAAGCGGACCUGCAUCGAAGUCAAUGGGUUCACGCACUACUACACCUUUGGCGGGGAACUGAACGCGAAAAGCAGGUUGAAGUACUACAUCCUUCGUAGGCUCAACUGGAAAGUCCUCACGGUAGAGUACACAAGCUGGAAGAACAAAUCCAAGGAGGAUAAAAUGGAGUACCUGGAGAAGAACGUCCUGAGCAGGAUUGGCUGA